AUGGGGCGUCACCAUGUGGGCGUCACCAUGGGCGAGGGGUGGGCUCACCAAGGGCAAGGGGUGGGCGUCACCAUGGGCGAGGGGUGGGUGUCACCAUGGGCGAGGGGUGGGCGUCACCAUGGCGAUGGAUGGCGUCACCAAGGGCGAGGGGUGGGGUCCACCAUGGGCGAGGGUGGGUGUCACCAUGGGCGAGGGGUGGGCGUCACCAUGGGCGAUGGGUGGGCGUCACCAUGGGCGAGGGUGGGCGUCACAUGGGCGAGGGGGCGUCACCAUGGGCGAGGGUGGGCACCAUGGGCGAUUGGGCGUCACCAAGGGCGAGGGGUGGGCGUCACCAUGGGGUGGGCGUCACCAUGGGCGAGGGUGGGCGUCACCAUGGGCGAGGGGUGGGCGUCACCAUGGACGAUGGGUGGGCGUCACCAUGGGCGAGGGGUGGGCGUCACCAUGGCGAGGGGUGGCGUCACCAUGGGCGAGGGGGGGCGUCACCAUGGGCGAGGGGUGGGCGUCACCAAGGGCGAGGGCGUCACCAUGUGGUGGGCGUCACCAUGGGCGAGGGGUGGGCGUCACCAUGGGCGAUGGGUGGGCGUCACCAUGGGCGACGGGUGGGCGUCACCAUGGGUGAACCAUGGCGAGGGGUGGGCGUCACCAUGGGCGAGGGUGGGCGUCACCAUGGGCGAGGGUGGGCGUCACCAUGGCGUCACAUGGGCGAGGGUGGGCGUCACCAUGGGUGAGGGGUGGGUGUCACCAUGGGGUGGGCGUCAUGGGCGACGGGUGGGCGUCACCAUGGGCGAGGGGUGGGCGUCACCAUGGGCGAGGGGUGGGCGUCACCAUGGGCGAGGGGUGGCGUCACAUGGGCGAGGGGUGGGCGUCACCAUGGCGAGGGGUGGGCGUCACCAUGGGCGAGGGUGGGUGUCACAUGGGCGAGGGGUGGGCGUCACCAUGGGCGAGGGGUGGGCGUCAGGUGGGUCACCAUGGGCGAGGGGUGGGUGGGCGUGGGCGUCACCAGACCGUAUAGCGAAGCCAGGUUAA